GUAGCUAUUGUUGCUAGGUAGAAUGAACUUGCGUUGUCACGUGAUCAAACAAAUAUGGCGCUGGUUUGACGGGCACCUGCUAUUGGAUGUAUAUUUUGACUUUUUAAGCAUGAACACGAACUGAAGAAAUUGAAAAUGAAAGGUUUGAAGUGGUUUGAGUUUACUUAGUUAUAAGGAAACAGUCAACUACACAGAAGAGAAGACAAAAAUGCCAGGGGUCAAGCCCAGUUCUUCUUUGACAUCUCUUAUGAUGGACAAACAGGAUGUGACUCUGACAUCCUUAACGCAAUAUGCCCGGCGACCAGGUGCUACACAGUCCUCCUCCAUGUUACAGAGUGCCAGACAACAGACCUCAGAUGAGAAAAGAAACACGGAAAUGGAGGACAAAAAGGCAGUACAGGCACCAAAAAAGAAACGCAAGAAAAAACACGGCAUUACUGCCAACCUGAGUGGCACGAGAUAUGAAGUCAUACGAUUAAUGUGUGAAAAGUGCAAAUUUGAUAUCUGCAAGGAUGAUGAUCCAAACAGCUACCUCAUCUGGAGUGACAGUUUUGUGUCUGCAGACAGAAUUACAGAACUCAAGCCAUUCCAGAGAAUCAACCACUUUCCAGGCAUGGUGGAAGUCACAAGGAAGGAUUGCCUGGCUCGCAACAUGAUUAAGAUUCAAAGACACCAUGCUGAUGAGUUUAACUUCAUCCCAAAGUCUUGGAUUCUGCCAGCAGACUUCAGUAUGCUACAAAAUUAUGCUAAAGACCUCAAGGCUAAGAAAAAAUACAAAACCUUCAUAGUCAAACCGUCCAAUGGAGCACAAGGGCAUGGAAUUCAGUUAUAUAGGAAUGCAGAAAAAAUACCCCCCUCUGAACAUUUCAUUGUGCAAGAAUACAUAGACAAACCUCUUCUUCUGGAGGGCUACAAAUUUGAUCUGCGCAUCUAUGUUCUUGUGACAUCAUGUGAUCCCUUGCGAAUAUUUAUAUUCAAUGAUGGACUUGUGAGAAUGAGUACAGAUAAAUACACCAAUCCCUCCGAUGGAAACCUGGGUAACCUAUUCAUGCAUUUGACGAAUUAUUCUGUGAACAAACACAAUGAAUUCUACCAGAAAGGUGACUCGGUGGAGACUGGAAGCAAGCGAUCAAUCCGCUACUUUAAUGAUUAUCUACGUAAAAAUGACUAUGAUAUUGUGUUACUAUGGCGACGAAUCUAUGACAUGGUGGUAAAGACACUUUUGGUGGCUCACCCCCAUCUCCUUCAUGCCUACCGAAUGUGUCGCCCCGGUGCUCCAGCAGGAAGUGAUAGUGUUUGUUUUGAAGUGCUGGGAUUUGACGUGUUAAUCGACAGAAAGUUAAAUCCAUGGUUGCUGGAGAUCAACCGAUCUCCUAGUUUUGGUACAGAUGAAAAAAUUGACUUUGAUAUAAAAUCAGCUCUUAUAGAAGAUACAAUUCGCCUUCUGAAUAUCAAAAUAAGUGAUAAGAGAAGGAAUUACUUUGCUCAAAAGGCUGAGGCUCAAAAGAGAUUAUUUCGGACCACCAAACGUAGUGAUGCUGACAUGACGGAGCUAGAUAAAAAGAAACAGAGCAUCGAAAAACGCAAGGAGGAACUUAAAGAGCAUUUAGCCAGAGUGAGAAAGGCCACAGCUCGAGAGGAUUUUGAGAACAGGAAUGCCGGGAGGUUUCGAAGAAUAUUUCCCUCUGAAGACAAAAUGAAGCAGCAGAAAUAUGUCAACAUCAUGUCUUCCAUAUUUGGAAUUGUUAUGUCUGGGCGGGCACCUGCAAUGCAGAAAGAAAUUCAGAAAGUUUAUAACAACCAGUGGAGGGAGGAAGACUUAUUGGACAUGAUUGCAGAGUGUGAAACUGAUGAAAAAGAUGGAAAACUCUACUCUGGUGGGAGCAAGAUUCCAAGAGGACCAAAGCCUUUGUCAAGUAUGCCAGUCAGUGUCCAGAGUCCUCCCAUGGAGGAUGAGUUUGAGGAAAUGGAAGAGGAAGAGGCAGAAUAUGCCUCACCCCCAGGGUCCCCCAACUUAAACAGACGAGAAAGUCGCCCUCCCUCCAAUAAAUCCCGCCCUGGCUCCCUGCGACCAGACAGUCGAGUCAGUAAUGAUGCUUCUAGUCUUUGUAAUUCUCGGCCAAACUCAGGUGUGUCCAGUAUGAGGUCACGACCUCAGAGCAAUAUGUCAGCCUUGAACUCAAGGUCAAAGUCAUUGUCACGGCUGACCGGGAAGCAGUCUGUUUUACAGAGAUCCUUAAUUGAUGAUAAUUUCCUAAUUACUGUGGUCAAAGAGAGAGAGGAUGAAUUGACAAAGAAAACUCUACAGGCUCUGAAUGAAAUGAGAAUCAAAUUCCCAGGAAAGACUGACCAAGAAGCAGAGCUGAUAUUAGAUACUCUUCAUGAAAACUGGAAAUUUCACAAACCAAGGAUUGCUUCUUACUGGCUAGUCAAGCUAGACUCAAUUAAAAGACGAAAGGUGAUAGAUAUAGUUCGUUCCAAUGUGCGGGCCGUGCUACAGAGGAUUUGGCGUAUCAGUGAUGUGGAUAACUUGAGGUUGUAUAGGAUUUUUACACGAGUGUUUAAUCGUUUACUGUGGAGCCAUGGACAAGGGCUGUGGAACUGUUUCUCAACAACAAGUCAAAAUGGAAGUUGGGAGACCAUUUUUAGCAAAAGCUCUGAAAACAUUUGUGAAAAUGAGUUCAACUGUUGCAGACGUAUUGUGCAGUUGUGUCGCGAUUGUCUGUUAAUUGUUUACCAGUUUGCUGCAGAGGCCAAGUCGUCCAGUCAGCAUAACUCGGAAAACACAGAUCUGAGUUCCACUGGAACCUUAUCCUCCCGAGAUAAAUCCUCCUCGACUGUGAUGGCCCUCCCAAGUACGCAGACCAUGAGCCAGCGGUACUCCAAGCUCUACCCCCGCGCUGACACCACCGCCACCUGAUGGCCACCGCCUAGCUUAUCUCCUCAUUUUGUGCAAUCACUUCUUACUACAUGUAUAAGAACAAAGACAUACCUUUACCUUUUGUUAACUACCUUGUUGUGCUUGUUGUUGCUAAUAAGUGUUGGAAAUUAACUGUUAUUUGGCUGUGUUAAUAUCUUUCAAACGCCCAUUCAAAGACAGGAAUUUUGCAUUGUUAUUGAUUUUUUUUCCGAUGAGUUUGACUUUUUUGUUGACUUUUGAAUUUUAUGGCUUUUUGGGGGGCAAAAUGUCUCCAU